ACCGAUACAAAUAAUUUUUCUGUUAGCUUUUGGCUUUGUUCAGAAAACAAUGAUUCCUGGACAGAGAGAAUAUUUUCUUAUCUUUUUCUUCAUUUAUCUCCUCUUCACUUCUCAGUUCGCUAUAUCCCAACCUUCAGGGAAUAGAGAUGUCAUUGCCGGCGUUUCCACUUUGUGGAUCAACAGGCCAUCCAUUGGGAGUAGAUUAAAUAGAGGCAUCCUUAAUUAUACACCCAUCCUUCUGGAAGGAAAUGCCAGCCUACAAUUCCUCUAUGGCUUCUCUUGCAAUUUCGAUCACGCAAAAUGCUUUCUUGGUAUCUCCUUAGUAUUCUACAACACCACCGGUGAGACCAUUUAUAUAGAGGGUGGAGAGUUAGUUUGGUCUGCUAAUCGAGACCGUCCAGUGCAAGUCAAUGCAACCUUGGAACUAGGCCGAGAUGGCAACUUGGUCUUGGCAGAUUUUGAUGGCACUCCUGUUUGGUCCACUAAUACUACUGGCAAAUAUGUUUCAGCCUUAAAGUUGACGGAUAUGGGGAAUCUGGUGCUCUUUGAUACAACCAAUCGCACAAUUUGGCAGUCUUUUGAUCAUCCUACAAAUUGUUUGCUCCCGGGACAGAAUUUGGUUUCCGGAGAGAAGCUAACAGCAAGCGUUUCUGCAGACAAUUCGAGUCAAGGUUUAUUAUCUCUUACUAUUCUCAAUGGACACCUCGCCACUUACAUAAAUUCUGAUCCACCUCAGUAUUACUAUGCUUCAGAUAAUCCCGAUAGUCGUUAUUACAGUUUUGAUGGUCAAACCCUUACUGCUUUACAAUACCCUCCUACAUCGAUAGCUCAAUACAUAAAGCUUGGGCACGAUGGACAUUUACGCGUAUACCAAUUGGGCGACCUUGAAACCAAUAUGUUGGGCCGCCUUAAUUGGAAAGAGGUAGAUGACAUUUUGACAACCUCUGACUGUGGGUACCCAAUGGUGUGUGGAAGAUACAGCAUUUGUACAAAUGGAGUACAAUGUAGCUGUCCAGUUGAAGGUAACUUCUUCAGGCCAUUUUCUGAGAGGAAUCCAGAUCUCGGAUGCACAGAGAUGACGCCCAUUUCUUGUGACUCUUCGCAGUAUCAUAGUCUUGUAGAGCUAAAAAAUACCAAAUAUUUUGCAUUUCUGUUCAAUCACAAACUAACCUCUGGCGUAUUUUGGCUUGAGGGGAAAAAGAUUGAAGAUUGCAAAAGGGCAUGUCUGAGUAACUGUUCUUGCAAAGCUGCUGUUUUUGAACAGGAUUACAAUGUGAAUCAAAGAGGGAACUGUCUGUUACUGAAUGAAGUUUUCUCCCUCAUGGACAGUGGAGUAGGAAGCGACAAGACAAUAUUUCUUAAGGUGCAGAAUUCCUCAAAUGCACCGGUCAUUUCCCCUAGACAGAAAACAAAGCCUUUCAGAGUUAUAAUAGGAUGUACUUUGAUUGGGAUAAUUUUGAUUCUUUCAGUUUGCUCUGCUCUUUCCAAAAAGAGGUCGCAGAAAAGCAAGACUGGUGAUUUUCUGGAUCUAGAACCAAUCUUACCAGGAAUCCUAACUCGAUUCUCUUACAAUGAGCUGAAAAUAAUUACAGAAGAUUUCAGUAGAAAGCUCGGGGAAGGAGGAUUUGGCUCUGUUUAUGAAGGAACACUGAGAAAUGGCACCAAAAUAGCUGUGAAGCAUCUGGAUGGUGUAGGUCAAGUAAAGGAAUCAUUCUUAACAGAAGUAAAGACAGUUGGUGGCAUUCACCAUAUCAAUCUGGUAAAACUCAUUGGAUUUUGUGCCGAAAAAAACCACAGGCUUCUAAUCUAUGAGUACAUGGUAAAUGGAUCACUGGAUAGGUGGAUUACGCAUGAAAAUCAAGAGAAUGGGCUUACAUGGAACACAAGGCAGAGGAUAAUAUCAGAUAUUGCAAAAGGAUUAGCUUAUCUACAUGAGGAUUGCAGCCAUAAGAUAAUUCAUUUGGACAUCAAACCCCAAAACAUCCUUUUGGAUCAAUAUUUCAAUGCUAAGAUAUCUGAUUUUGGGUUGUCGAAACUAAUUGAGAAAGACAUAAGCAAAGUUGUGACUCGAAUGAGAGGAACACCUGGGUAUUUAGCCCCUGAAUGGUUGAGCUCGGUAAUCACUGAGAAAGUUGAUGUGUAUGCAUUUGGAAUUGUACUCUUGGAAAUUCUUUGUGGGCGAAAGAAUUUGGAUUGGUCCCAAGCUGAUGAAGAAGAUGCCCAUUUGUUGAGUGUCUUUACGAGAAAAGCGGAACAAGAGGAGCUCAUGGAUAUUGUUGACAAAAACAACAAGGAUAUGCAGCUCCACAGAGAAGCAGUGGUAGAAAUGAUGAGCCUUGCUGCAUGGUGUUUACAGGGAGAUUUCUCCAAGAGACCUUCCAUGUCAUUGGUGGUUAAGGUACUAGAAGGUUUGGUGACUGCUGAAACCAACUUAGAUUAUAAUUUCAGAAAUGUACCUAAGGUUGGGGCAGGUAACCAACAGAGGGACGCCACUAUCAGCUCAAAAUUGCCAUCAGUUUUAUCGGGACCGAGGUAAACAAUAUUUCUAAUUCUAGCAUAACUUAUGGUGUAUGAGAUUACAAUUCAUGAAUGUAAUAUUCAGUCCUUUGCAUUAGAUUUUUUGAGCUUCAUGUACUAUCAUGUAGAAGCUCCUCAAUUCAUAUGCGACAGCAGAUAUAAUAUUGUGUAAUUUAAGUGCUGAUACUUUCAUUAGUAACUUCAGCUGGUUGUGUCCA